GCGACCUCUAAAUAUUUUUUGAUUUUAAAAUAAAAAAUAGGGGUAUAUUUUUCGGUAUAGAACAAUCCUAGGUGGAGAAAGCAUUCAAAUUCAGACUACUGAUUUUGGACCACUUUUUUUUGUCAAAAUGCGUAUAGCAAAAGCGUAAUCUACGGAGAAUUAUAAGAAAACUUGCGCAAUAAACUAUGGGUCUAAAAUAAAAACCUAGCUCCCGCCGAGAGACAUACAAAUCUGUGCAGCGUUUUUAAAAUACAUCAAAAUCAAAUUGAAAUCUCUAUGCCUCCCGGCGCGGUCUAGAAUUUAGGUUUAGGUUUUUGGGAAAUUUUCUUUAAAUUUAGCGUAGAUAUAGCUAGCGUUGCUAUACGCCUUUCGCAUUUUUUCCCCACCGGAACAAUUUGACCCACCCUAGUACGUUUACAUAGCCACGUUUGAUGCACUGACCCAUAAUGUAAUAAACAAAGUGAAAUCAAUAUUUGACGUACGCUCAUUUGAAAAUUUAAAUGUAAACAAUUCGUAUAUUUGCUUACAUUAACCCUCUUUCGGCUUUGGUUUGGAACCGAUUUCUGAGAUAGGGCGUUGUUCAACCAAAUUUUGUGGUAGGGUGUUUUUCAAUAAUUUUUUUUUUCAGAAUUUAUGGGAGUUGCGAUAGAAAUUUCCUGUUUUUUUCGAUUUUAGCAAAUAAAUUAGUCAUUAAACCAUAUUUUUUUUUUGAAUAACUAUUUACUAAUAUUUACACAUAUAAAUAGUAUUGACGAACGUACAGAAAAAGCACUUGGCAGUGCAGCUGCUUUGUCUCGGAAACAAUAUGCCGGUACGCAGAAUAUCCCCAUUUCAAAAGAUUUCCCUAUAUACAUAUGUAUAUAUAUACACAUUAAGAUUAAGGAUUCUUUCUCAAAUUAAUUACUACAAAUCAGGACCAUCUAACUAAAUUGGCGAAAGUAUAAAUUUUAUGCGAUACUUCACAUCUGUUUGGCGCACUGCACGAUAUGCCUUUGCACUAAUGCAUUUGAGAACAUACCCACACUUUAAACAUUACUUCUCAUCUGAUGAAAUAGCAGGUAAUAUCCUUGAUGGUACUGCAUCUGGAUCGAGGCGUCUUCUCUUGGCAUUGGUACUUGCAUAAACGAUAUCAUUCCAUUUGAAGUGCAGAGCGCAAACUUUCGACAUCCAGUUAGUUUAACACCACACGCAUUCAUCCAAUCCCUUCCUUGCGUAACAUCUGUUGGCACUCGAAACAUACUUACCUGAUUGUUGUGAGUGCUUUUGAAUAAACAAAGUAUCUAGCAUUUUAAAUGCAUUUUUUUCUCUUUGUUCUUUAAUUUCUAAAACAAGUAUUUUUUGAUUUGACAUCUAAUUUUUUUUUUUUUGAAAUUAAUUUGUAAUGUUGCUAGUUUCAAAUGGGUUAACGCAAUGACAAAACCCUUGUCAUAUAAGCGUAUAAAAAAUAAAUAUGUCAUAUAUUGAUUUCACUUUGCUUAUUACACUAUGCACUGAACCGAGUUAAAGAAACAAGUAGAAUUAACUUGCGUUAUUUUUCUUAAUAAUACACAUACAAAACAAUUUCGUAAUACAUUAGGACUCCCUGUGCGGUGCGCUUAUGUUCCUUGGUAGGCUCCGAAAGGAUCAUAUUUGCCGGAGUUUGCCCUCUCAAUAUAUGUACAUAUAUGAAAAAAGCGUGCCUUUAGGACUCCUUAAAUACGUGAUUUCAGAGCACCAGAAAGCUCCCUCAGAUAAUUCGCCUAUCAUUUUGUGAAAAGGACUCCUUAAAUAAUCCGAAGAUAGCUUAGACGGAGUGUUUCCGAUAAUAGACCAUCAUACAGACUAGAUACAAAGAAAAGAAAAACCAGAUAACAAAAAAACACCUUGAACUCCCUUUUUACUCCAUAUUCGGAAUGUUCCGGAAGCAUUCAUUCGAGGUAUUCGAGGUAUCAUUUCAUAUUUGGAGCGCUCCGAUUUGGCUAGCUGGGCAUUAUAAUAUAAAACAAAGCCUUACUUAUGCUUUCAUACAUAAAUAUGUACGUAUGCACGCGCACAGGACAACAUGUUCACUCCACUUUGAUAAUAAAGUUCAAGCUCUAUGGCAACGAUAAACCAAACAAUACAAAUAAGCAAGGGUAUUGCUGUCAAAACCAGUUGAACGAAAAUCGUAAAUAAAUCAGUUUUAUUAAAACUAUAAAAAAAAAUAAGAUAUAUCUUGCUGAAUUAUUUUAUUGGAAUGGAUGCAACAGCAUCGGACGAAUGCAUUGAUAUAGUCGGCAAAUCACAUGGAAAUGAAUUUUUUGACGAUGUUAUCGGCCACAUAGAAGACAUAGUGCUUGGUGAAGAUUUUCAGACACUUCACAAUAACUUCCUGGAGAAAUAUUGGCGUUGCAUUGAAAAUACCGACGAAAAUAAACUGGAGUACAUGGAUAUAUUUCAAGAGUACACCAAUACCUUUGAGGCAUUCCUUAUUAAUGAAUUAAGCUCUCGAAUGUCUGAUUUCAAUAUGGAUCGCUUUGCCGAAGAACUUGAAAAAAAUAAUGCUUUUGAUGAUUUAAUAAGUAACGGCGAGAUAUUUGAACUUUUACAUUCGUUCAGCAGCUUUGAAACUUUCAAAGAACUAUUAUUAGAUUAUCGCAAUACGAAAGAGGGCAAUAUGGAACACCUGGAGUCCAAUAUCCUUGUUACAACUGCCUACGCAUUGGCAGAGCCGAAAAUUCCAAUUGGAUUCGAGGAGGACGAAAGCAGUGCUACCUAAGUUGUAUUUACCGAAAUUACUUAUAUGUAUGCUCGCAGAUAUGUCACUCGCAGAAUAAUUCGUAAUGUAGUUUUCUCACAAUAUUCAAAACGUUUUCCAUCGUAAUUCUUUGUCGUUAAUUUUUAUUUAAAAUAUAGCUCAUUCUAUAACAAAAACCAUAAAAUCCAAUCUUGCAAACUUUCUAUAAAAUUCACCAAAAUUAAUCAAACUU